AUGGCAGUAGCAUUUUUGAAAGUCACAAUCGCUUUAUGUUUUUCAUGGCCCCCUCCAAAAACCGCUAAUAAAUUUCAAGUUAUAUGUUUCAAAACUUUGCGCUUCUUGCUGUGUAUGAAUGUAAUAAUAUUGAUCGUGCCUGUGACAUACACUCUUUACUACAACAACUACGAUUUGCCAAAAAUAACGAAGUUAUGGUGCUUACUAGGGGCCUUCACGCAAGUCCCACUGCAAAUAUCAUUGUUCGCUCUACAAUAUGAUCGUUUACAAAACGUGAUUUCAGAAAUGGAACAUAAUUUUAAAUGCGCGAAAAUCCACGAGAAAGACAUAUACCAACAAUACGCCGACAAGUGCGUGCCGUUUUACGCAGGUUGUACGUUCGCAGUUUUUCUCACCGCAAUUACAACGUCAUUAGUUACGCCACUGAUAACGGUCGAUCAGAUCUUUCCUACAGAAGCAAAGUAUCCUUUCAACGUGAAACAUGAACCGAUCAAGACUCUUAUUUUUGUACACCAGUUCAUCGUCAUUUGGCAAUGCUUCUCGACGCGAAGUACGAUAGCAGACAAAACGCAAUUUAUGAUUCUAUGGACAACUGGAUUAAUGGAAGUUUAUGCAUGUGCUUGGCCAGCUGAUCACUUGAUGGACGCG